CACAGACGGACUGACUGCCCUGCCAUCAGUUUGAUAUCAUGUUGGGCCUUGUGGUUCUGCUGGUUCUGGGGUGCCUCAGCCAGGGGGUGUGGGGGUGCAGCUGUGGACAAAGGCACCCCCAGUCUGCAUACUGCAACGCAGAUUUUGUUAUCCGGGCGAGAUUCAUCGGCAAAACCCAGCAGAAGGCGGAAGAACCGGGCAGAGUGACGUAUGAGGUCAAAACUACUAAGAUCUUCAAGGCCCCCGACGGAAUGGACGACAUCCAGUUCCUGAGCACCCCGGCAAUGGAGAGUCUGUGCGGCUACGAGCACAAAAUGUCCAACAAGAGCCAGGCCUUCCUCAUCACAGGGCACGUGAUGAACGGUAACCUGCAAAUCGACCAGUGCAACUUCAUCGUUCCUUGGGCCUCACUAUCGGUCGCCCAGAGGAAGGGCUUCCAGGAGGUCUAUCCCAAGUCCUGUUCCUGCAGUAUUGUGCCCUGCUACAGUGGUACCUGCUCCCUGGAGUCCGACAACCAGUGCCUUUGGACCGACGUACUGGUGAACUGGAUGGAGCCCCUGAAUGGGUCCCAGUCCAAGUACAUGGCGUGUGUGGACCAGGGCAGCGGUUUGUGCUCGUGGGAGUCCCAGAAACCCAGCGCCAUCGCUGCCCGGAAUAAGGCGGCAGCGUCGGGUUCCGCAGCAGAAUAACCUGGGGGGGGGGGUGCUUCGUGGGGGAUAAUGGGAGGGGCCACUUUAAGGGGGAGGAGUUGGUUUGUACAUUUGAGUGCACGUCCCCUUUGUACCGGGGGAAAUAAAUGUCUUUUUAUGGUUUUUGUA